AUUCCAGAUCAUGUAAUGGAGCCUGUUCGUCUGAAACCCUCAGAACAAGCUCAGCCUCCGCCUGCAGUAUCUAUGAGACACCUGUUUCAUCUUUACCAGAUCAGGCAUCCGUCGCAGGCGCCCCGUGGGCAUCCGCCGAGGGAAGGCGGGCGAGCCUCGGCUGCGCGAGCCGGAGACAGCGGCGCCGAGCAGCUGCUCCCGACGACGGAGGAGCCUUCGAGGCAGCAGAGGACCAUGACGGAGGCCGCGCCCGCCGAGUGCGCAGGCAGCGAUGGCAGCCGCAUUGGCGACAUCCUCUCGGGGUCCUGGGAGCUGACGCAGAGGAUCUUUGAGAAUCUCAGCUUCAGAGAAGUUGCAAGACUAAGAGCAGUAUGCAGGACUUGGGCAGAUGUUGGAGCCAAGAUACUAGAGAAACGCAGAAGACUGCACUACUUGACCAUUCAUCCGCACAGCAUCCCCACCACAGAGGGGAAGGUGACCAUUGGUGAAUUAUCUCCAAGCAGUUUGUUUGAAGGGUUUUUUGAGCACAUUGUUAGCAGACCUCGAUACUGCAUUGGAUUCUGUAAUGAAGAUUGGUUGAGUCGCACUGACGUCUUCAGCAAAAAAGGAGAAAAUGGAAAACUCACCCUUGCUCAGUACCUUCAAGGAUCUCUUCCCAAGACGUGUGAAUUUGGACUGUUUUCAGCCACAGGGAUCAUUGGCACUGUUGAAAACAAUUAUCAAGGACAUUGGUUAGAAUCAGCUAACAACCUCAAUCACAUAAUUCUCUCCUUUCUGCACGAUGAAGAGAAAGAUGGGCAAAAGGCCAAAAGAAGCUGCCGGCGUCAUAGCAAUGAAGAGAUUCAGGCCAGGGAAGACCUCGCAGAAUUGGCAUCCCCCGCUGUGUCUGACCAGAGUGCUAGUGCUUCCUCCGAUAUCUCAAGUCAGGCCUCAGCAGCUAGUGCCAAGGAGGAGGCUAAUGUUAAAAGGUCCCGGGUUGGUUACAGCAUUGAAGUAGAGGCUAGAUGGAGCACGUCAUUGCGACAAGCAGAUGCUGUGUCUUUACUUUUGAUACCACACCAUCCAGGGGUGAAGUUGAAGUUCUUUAGCAUCAGCAUGGAGAGCUUUUUAAAGAGAUUUCGCUCAGGAAGAGCAUUGAAUGACGUGACAGUAUCUCCUGAAGAGUUCAACAAAAUGACAAGUAUGACACCUGAAGAUGACCUGAAAGCUCUUCUCCUGUUUGAUCUUGGUGCAGAUGAGGAGACAUUCACAGAUGCCUUUUUGCAGGCAGCCCUUGAAAGACAGAACUAUCAACUGGCAAUUGGAGGAGGAGUAGUUGAGAGUCUGCAGUGUGGAGAGAAGAACAAUGGUGAACUCACUAGUCUAGGAGUUGCUAUUAGUGGACCAAACGUCAUGGCAGCUUCAGUUGUCAUUUCAAAAUAUGUUAGCAGUCCCAAGGGACUAGAGUCAUACAUGAAGCAGCUUAAAUCUUGUGGACUCCCAGAGGAUCAGAGUUUAGCAUUUAUGUUCACAUGUUGUGGCCGUGGUUACUCAUGGUAUCGGAGACGAGGCAAUCCGUGGUUCGACUAUCACAACGUUGAGACCAAGGCCUUCAGACAAGCCUUUCCAAACACGCCUAUCUUCGGCUUCUUCGGAGGAGGAGAGAUUGGGCUGUGUAACUUCCCAAAAUUUAAUAGCACAGAAGCAGAUGAGGACAUGGGUGUUAGAUACAAGAAGCGCAAGAAGAAAAAAUUAUUCCAUCAGUUCUCUACAAUUAUCGUUCUUUUAUCAUUUUUGUGAUAAUCUUAAUUACAUAGGUUUCAUGUGCAUUAUGUGAGAAGAAUGAGCAUUUUUAAUCUUUAUAUUGUGUAGAAUGUUCUGUAAAAUGUCUUGGCUAAUGAACAAGAAAGAACAGGAGUGAUAGUAAAAACAAUUGUCAUGUUAAACUGCUGCCAAGGUAAUUUAUCAUGAUAAGAUAUGGUAUCUGUGGGAUAAAGUAUUAAGUGGGAAGAGUAUGUUUUUCAUUUUAUAUAUUUAUAUUAGAGUAUUACAUGAUUGGUCUUUUAGUCCUUUUGGAAAACUGCUUAAUAUUUUCUCAUAACUUUAAUUUGAAUGUCAGUAUAAAUAUGUAUCUAUUAUUUAAAAAAUUGUAUAUUACCAAGCUGUAAAUUAAUUAGGCAUAAGGGUAUGAAUGGGUAUUCAAAUACAGAUAAUAAUAGAAUAUAUGGUAUAUGUAGAUGUAAAGAUAUCAUAAUCUAUUUUGAUACUCCUUUUUAAUAAAUUCUUCCAUUCAGAAUUAGCUGCAUGAAGUUUAUCAGAGAACUAAAGUUCAUUCCAUUGUGAAGUUUGUUUGUUUUUCUUUAGCUUUUCUCCUUGUGUGUGUGUGUGUUUGUGCGUGCCCAUAUUUGCAUGGAUGUGUGAAAGUUGCAUGAAAGAUCUUUUUAAAAGGGAGUUUCAAGUGAUACAUUUUGAUUUAAAAUAUGUCAGAAUGUAAUUUUCUUUGUAAAGCAGAGUACUUCAUUAAAGAUAGAUUACAUUUUACUUUGAUUAUUGAGUUGUAACCACUAUUAGCAGUCUGAGUUUAAGGUCACUGUUAUCAAGUACUGUAAAAAGUACUCUCUAGAUUUGUUAUUCCCUUUUAUUAUAAGCACAUCUAUUUUUCGCUUUUAUUUACCAGCAGGAUGACCAAAAGGAUUUAUAAGUGUUAAAAUAGUUUUGCCUAACCUAUUUACAGCUAUGACAAAAAUAACUGAACUGUAUUUUCUUCAAUUUCAGUCAAGAAAUUAACCUGUGUUCCAUUUAUAUACAGAAAGAUAAAUAGUUACAACUACUACCUAUUCCAAUGCUGAUAUGGUUGAUAAUGCUUGUGAAGUAGUUCUUACAAAAUUAAGAACAUUUCAUCCCUUGGCAGUGUGUUUGGGGGUUAAUCUAGCAAACUGGAGAGUCAUAAAUUAAAUUUGCUUUGAUAUUUUAAAACCAAUGAUUGAGUUAUACAGAAGUGUAUAAACUAAUACAGGCAAACCCUCAACGUGUCUUGUAAAUCUGAUAAAGAAGGCUAGGAAGGCAAUCACUGUAAUAAGACAAAUAAAGGAAAUGCUUUA